UUUUUUUUUUGUUUUAUUUCAUUCUCGCAUAUAAACAAAAUGUGAAGAUUGAUUUGUUUUCUCUUGUUAUUAUUUUUAAUUGAUAUAUUAAAUAUGUGAUUAUCAUAUAUAUAAUAUUUACAGAUGGCAACAUAUUUUGUAUUAUCUAUUGUGUUAUCUUUUUAUAUAAAGAAUUUUCUUCUUCCAUCUGUUUAUCUUCUAUCAAUCUUUUCACUUUUGACCUGUUGCUUCCAAAAAAUUUGUUAUAAUAUUAAUAAAUGAAGGGAAAGAAUCUCAUGACAAUUAUUUGAGAAUUAUUUAAAAUUGUAUAUAUAAUGUCAAACUAUCCAUAUGAAUAUGUAAGAUGUCUAGAUAUGGAUCAAAAAGCAGAACCACUCCAAGCUCCUUCUUUGGAAGGUUUUAUUCCGCUUAUUGGUCUUCAUCAGAUAUGUGGUGCACUUCUUAUUCUUUUGGUAAUCAUAUGGACGACUUACUAUAGAGAUGGUUUUUCGUGGACAUCUAAUCCGGAACUUGAGUUUAAUUGGCAUCCUUUAUUAAUGACUAUAGGACUCGUGUUUCUGUAUGCUAAUGCCAUGCUCAUCUAUAGAGCGCGAAGAAAUGUCCGCAAACAACGACUAAAGCUUACUCAUGCAGGAAUUAUGUUAUUUAUUAUAUUAUUGACAGUGAUUGCUUUAGAAGCAGUCUUUGAUAGUCAUAAUUUAGCUUCCCCUCCUAUACCAAAUAUGUAUUCGCUACAUAGCUGGGUGGGAUUAACAACUGUUAUAUUAUUUUGCUGUCAGUGGGUUGCUGGAUGCAUCUCAUUCCUCUUUCCUAAGUUACAACCUCCAUUACGCUCUUCUUAUAUGCCAAUACAUGUGUAUUUUGGCAUUGCAGCUUUUAUUGGUGCAAUCGCAUCGUGUUUAUUGGGUCUCAAUGAGAAAGCAAUUUUCACAUUGGGGAAAAAAUAUUCAACUUUUGUGGAUGAAGGAGUACUAAUAAACUGUAUAGGAUUGCUAUUCAUAUCAUUUGGUGGCUUAUCUGUAUAUUUGGUGACGCAGGAACGUUAUCGACGUUUACCAAGACCCGAGGAUGACGUCUUAUUGUCUCGCUGAUAUACUAACUUCAUUGCUUCCUGUGAUUCAUUUCACAAUAUUAUAUACCAGAUAUCAAAUUUCAAAUUCAAUGAAAUGUACUUACUACAAGUUCUUUCUUAGCUAUUGUAAGUUUUAUAUAUAAUUUCACAAUAAGGCUGAUUUCUGAUUAAUCAAAACGAUACGUCCGUUUUAAUUUAAACUAAAAAAAUAACGAGAAACGAUAAUUUAUCUUUAUAUAUGACAUUCUGUUUAAAUUUUUUAUUAAUUGUUUUUCUUUUAUAUUUUAUUAACUUAGAUAAAAAUAUAU